CAGCCCUGCCAACACUCGCCCUUUGUCACCUUUCGUGAACACAGACGAAAAACAAAUUUGUAGAAAUCUCAACCCCAGAAGAAACAUCAACAUGUUCAAGAGCGUGGGAGUCGCCCUUCUCUGCUGCGUCCUUGCCAGCGCUAUUCACGUAGACAAGUGUAAAGAUGGUGUCGCUGCCCGAGGAGGAUCCAACGGUCUGGGAAGCAUCCAAGAUGUCCGAGUCACAGAUUGUGCCGAAUCUCCAUGCAAAUUGAGGAAAGGAUCCGAAGCCACGAUCGAGUUUGACUUCACGCCAGACAAAACUUAUGAAAAGUUAACCACCCAAGUUUUCGGUGGUAUCGGCAUUGUUCGUGUCCCAUUCCGAGAAGUUCACGGUAUGGACGCUUGCAAGGAUAUUAAGCGAAAAAGUGACGGAAAGAAGGGUUGUCCAAUCGAGCCCAAUGAGGUGUACACUUAUUCCAAUUCUUUCCCAAUCUUGAAAUCUUAUCCAGCCGUCAGUGUCAGCGUCCAAUACGGUCUCAACGACAACAAGACCCCCGUCGUCUGCUUCACACUUCCGGCCAAAAUCUCAAACUAAUUUCGCCCGAUUUCUUCAUUUUGUACUUUUGUAAUUCUAAAUCAGACUGAUGGACUCGAAAUCAUCCUAUUUAUUUUUAUUAUUUAUUGCUAUUGAUUGACAAAGAAAUAAAUCAAGAGUUACUUAUCAAUUA